CUCACUUUUUCUUUCUUCUCCCUCUCUUUUUCUCUCUUCCUCCCUCCCUUCUGCUCUCUUUCUGUUUCCCUCUCUCUCUUCCUUUCUCUGUCAUUACCUCUUUCUUUCCCCCUCCCUCUUUCUGUCUCUCCCUCUUUCUUUCUUUGUCCCUCUCCCUCCCUCUCUGUCUCUCCCUCACUCAGUUUCCAUAUCUGUCUCUACCCGCUCCCUCCCUCUCCCUCUACCCUCUCUCUCUCUCUCUCUCUCUCUCUCUCCCUCUCUCUCUCUCUCUCUCUCUCUCUCUCUCUCUCUCUCUCUCUCUUUCUCUCUCUCUCCCUUUCUCUGUCCUCCCAGGGAUAAUGAUUGACAGGGGCAGCGGGGUCAGUUUGCUUAACCGCUGCAUUGGAGGGAAGCAGGCAUAAACUCCAGCUCCGUGUGCGGAGAGAGAGAUCCUGCCCAACUCUGCCCGACUACGGCCCGUUCUCCCAGUCAUGGGUGUCCACGCAGCUCUCGUAUUCUGCUCCUUCUUCCUUGCAGGCUCAGGGGAUCCGCUGGCCCCCCCACAGAGCGCUGGGACCCAAACAGGUGAGCAGACGCCAGUCCUCACGGUGGAGCCUCGCAGCGCCGUGGUCCGGCAGGGCGCCCCCGUCAGCUUCCGCUGCAGCGCCCAGGGCGGGGCGGCGCCCGCCAGCCUGGAGUGGAAAAAAAACAACAACCAGGCGCUGCUGGACAAUGUUAAAAUUGGACCAGACGGCUCCGUCCUCACCAUCGCCAGCGCCCGCCCUGGUAACCAUGGCACCUACCGCUGCGUGGGCACCAACGCGCAUGGAAAAUCCCAGAGCUCCGCCUCCCUGACCGUUCACUAUUCCCCGAAGGUACAGGCCACUCCCAAGAGCCCGGCGCGGGUGCGGAUUGGCGAAACCAUCAACCUGGAGUGCCACGCCACGGGACGGCCUCGCCCAACUGUCACCUGGCACAGGGAGGGGGGCGCCAAGACAGGGACGAGCAGCUCCACCGAAGCCAAGGCCACGGUGCAGGUGCCGGCCGCACGUUCGACGGACGCCGGGGUGUACGUCUGCAAGGCGGAGAACAGCGAGGGGACGGUGGAGCUGAAGGUGCAGGUGACCGUGGAGGGUGGAUCCCAGGCUCCCACCCCGCCCCAAGCCUCCAUCCUCCAGGCCGACAUGGUGAAGGUGGAGGGGGACUCCGUCACGCUCCAGUGCCAGGCCACCGGGUACCCCACUCCAACCAUUGCCUGGUCCAAACUGCGGGCCCCAUUGCCCUGGCAACACAAAGUGACGGACGGCACCCUGGUCCUGCAGAACGUCGGCCGGCAGGACUCGGGCCAGUACAUCUGCAACGCUACCAACGCUGCUGGGUUCGAUGAGGCAACGGUGCAGGUAGAGGUGGAGACCCCUCCCUAUGCCACCUGUAUUCCAGAGCAGGUGCGUGUGCAGGCAGGUGAGGCCAUCCGGCUGCAGUGCCUGGCCCACGGCACGCCCCCCGUGCGCUUCCAGUGGACCCGGGUGGGGGGGAACCUGCCCCCCCGCGCUCAGUCCACCGACGGCCUCCUGCUGAUCAGCCAAGCCAGGCCAGCCCACGCCGGUACCUACAAGUGUGUGGCCUCCAACAAGUGGGGAUCCAGCCAAGCCCUGGCUAAGGUCACCGUCCGAUCAGCGUGACAGAACGACACUGAGCAUGUGCAGUGAGAAGAACCCUGUAGCUGCCAAUCACAGUUCACUAUGCUACAAACGGCCUUUCUCUUCACAGUAACUGCCCAAGCCAGCCAAUCACAGUUCACUACACUACACGCUCUGGCUGCCGACAUUUUCAUACCUGCUGUCCUUGCAAAUCAAUCACAGUUCACUAUACUGCACACUCUGCCAAGAUUUUCAUAACCAUUGUCCUUUCCAACCAAUCACAUGUCACUAUACUGCACACUCUGCCAAGAUUUUCACAACCACUGUCCUUUCUAGCCAAUCACAGUUCACUAUAUAGCACACUCUGCCAAGAUUUUCAUAACCACUGUCCUUUCCAACCAAUCACAUAGCAUUUUUCCUUACAGUUGUGUCUUCAUGUCUGUGUUACCGUGCUGCAUGCGUUUUAUGGAGUAGUGUCAUACCAUAUGGAGGUGCUUAUCUUGUGGGAAAAAGCAAUAAGUCUUCACAGAAAAGGAUAGAGAAUGAUCCCUACACAUCUUUAUUUUUUUUUAAACUGCAUCAGAAAUUUUGCCAAUAAAGCAAAUGUGACUUGUGCAUAAUGCACAUUAAAGAAAUGCACUUUUUUUUGUAUUGGUGUGGAUACUGAAGGAGCAGGCAUUUGGCUUGCCUUGGCAGCAGUUACCGGAUAUUGUGUGUGUGUGUGUGUGUGUGUGUGUGUGUGUGUGUGUGUUUGUGUGCAUGUGUGUGUUUUGCAUUGUUUGAGCCCCUUGUAUCUUUCCUCUGAAAUCUAUUGCUGAGACAAUAAAACAUACACCCUUUCCUCCCA